AGGUAGGGGGGUGUUUCGGUUGGUUUAUGCAAAGCAGGCAGUGUCCCGUCCGGCUCUGCAUGUGCGAGUUUGGGCCGCUUUUCAACACGUUUAUCCGGCAGCGCGAGGCUCUGCGGGCUGUUAAAUGCCGACGGUGCGCGUGUAUGCGUGCGCGCGAGACUAAACUGAACACGCGCAGAUCCGCACCGUGCCUACCUGCCUGCGCGCGGAGCGGAGAGACGGCCGCCGAACCUGGAGAAAUACGCCGCGCUGCCGUGGUGCAUUGGAACCUGUUUCAGGGUGUCUAUGAUGACCUGUCAGGUGGAAGAUAAUACCUUGUUGUAACCUGUGGGCUUAUAUGAACAUAAGGUGAAGCAAAAGUUGCUGAUCAAAGUGUGCGCUGACCCAGGCAGGAGGUCACACGCAGGCACCUAUGAGGACGUCGUGAGCAAGCAGACAGUGUUCUCUCCAGCGGGGGAUGGAAGCAGCAGGUCAGCCCAGUCUACCUCCCUGACUCUCUGGGUGUGGUGGAUAUCCGUCGGGAGAAGAAUUAGCUCCCAUGUUCACUUUACACACCCUCCCAGUCUGGCUUUAUAGUAUUCUGUGAUUUGAGGAUGGAGCACACAUUGGAUUUACUGGUACCUGCAUUUGGUGCCUGCUGCAGAGAUAUGGGGCUGUUCUGGGUGCUGCUGGUUUCCUCUCUGUUUGUGUCCAAUUCUGCUAUUCUAAUGGACUCUGUUGGAAGCCACAGCACAUUCACCUGUGAGCCCAUAGGCCUGCGAAUGUGUCAGGAUCUCCCCUACAACAGCACCUUCAUGCCCAACCUGCUCAACCACUAUGACCAACAGACGGCUGCUCUGGCCAUGGAGCCCUUCCACCCCAUGGUGAACCUGCAGUGUUCUACAGACCUGAGGCCUUUCCUGUGUGCACUCUACGCCCCUGUGUGUAUGGAAUAUGGCCGAGUGUCUCUGCCCUGCCGCAGUCUGUGCAAACACUCCAAGAGAGACUGUCAGCAGCUCAUGGAUAUGUUUGGGGUGUCCUGGCCUGAGGAAAUGGAGUGCAGCAGGUUUCCAGACUGUGAUGAGCCCUACCCUCGAGCUGUAGACCUGUUGACCAUUACAAACACUACUGAGCAGUCCCCUAUGUCAGUGCAGCGGGAUUAUGGUUUCUGGUGCCCCCGUGAGUUGAAGGUUGAGCCUGAGUUGGGCUACACGUUCCUGGGCGUGCGAGACUGUUCCCCUCCCUGCCCCAAUAUGUACUUCCGCCGCGAGGAGCUGACCUUCGCCCGUUACUUCAUUGGCGUUAUCUCCAUCGUCUGCCUGUCUGCCACACUCUUCACCUUUCUAACCUUCCUCAUCGACGUCACACGCUUUCGCUACCCUGAGCGGCCCAUCAUCUUCUACGCUGUAUGCUACAUGAUGGUCUCUCUGGUCUUUUUCCUGGGCUUUCUGCUGGAAGACCGUGUGGCAUGUAACGCAGCCAGUCCGGCCCAGUUUAAAGCCUCCACAGUGACUCAGGGCUCACAUAAUAAAGCCUGUACCCUGCUCUUCAUGGUGCUGUACUUCUUCACUAUGGCUGGCAGCGUGUGGUGGGUCAUUCUUACCAUCACCUGGUUCCUGGCUGCUGUGCCCAAGUGGGGCAGCGAGGCCAUUGAAAAGAAAGCCCUGCUGUUCCAUGCCAGUGCCUGGGGCAUACCUGGUUUGCUGACUGUGGCGCUGCUGGCCAUGAAUAAGAUUGAAGGUGAUAACAUCAGCGGUGUGUGUUUUGUGGGCCUGUAUGAUGUUCACACUGUUCGCUGGUUUGUGCUGGCCCCCCUGUGCCUGGAUGUCUUGGUCGGGGUGUCUCUGCUCUUGGUUGGGAUCGUUGCUCUAAACCGGGUCCGCAUGGAGAUCCCUUUGGAGAAAGAGAACCAGGACAAGCUGGUAAAGUUCAUGAUCCGGAUUGGUGUGUUCUCUGUCCUUUACCUGGUGCCACUGCUGACCGUAGUGGGAUGUUACAUAUAUGAACAAGCCUACCGCUCUGUGUGGGAGACCACCUGGGUGCAGGAACACUGUAGAGAGUACCACAUCCCCUGUCCCUACCAGGUAGAACAGACCAGCAGGCCUGACCUGGUUCUCUUCCUAAUGAAGUAUCUGAUGGUGCUGGUUGUUGGCAUCCCAUCCGUAUUCUGGGUUGGCAGUAAGAAGACCUGCUUUGAGUGGGCUAGCUUUUUCCACGGGCGUCGACGCAAGGAUAGUGCAGUAAAUGAGAGUCGUCAGGUUCUGCAGGAGCCUGAUUUUGCCCAGUCUCUUCUGCGGGACCCCAACACCCCCAUCAUCCGCAAGUCACGCGGCACCUCCACACAGGGCACUUCUACGCAUGCUUCGUCCACUCACCUAGCCAUGCUGGAUGACGUGCGCAGCAAAGCCAGCAGUGUCCACAGCAAGAUGAGUAGUUACCAUGGUAGCCUGCACCGUUCACGAGACGGCAGGUACACUCCCACAAGUCACAGAGGUGUGGAGGAACGUCCACCUUACGGGAGCAUGCCCCGCCUUAAUGAGCAGCUGUCCCAUCACGGCAGCCUUCACCGCCUCGACAGCCAAUCACGGCAUAGCAGUGUACGAGACUUGAGCAGUGCUCCACCCACUAACAUAACUCAUGGUUCCAGCAUGAACCGUGUGAUGGAAGAAGAUGGAGCGAGUGCGUAACUACAAGAGACAGAGUUGUGUUUACAGACACUGCCCUCAGUGUCAGCUCAGGGCUCGGACCUGAACGCUCACAUAAAGAGACUCCUUGCUUUGCAGAAGCAGGAGAUGGUGCUAAUCUGGAGGCUGCAUUCGUCCUGGUACUCCAAAGUUCCAUAUUUCAUGUGUAAGAUCACCAUCAGAGACUUUCAAGUCCACAGUGUGGAUUUUUUUACCGCAGAUGGCCUCUGAUACACCUUACACCUGAUAAGACCAGAUGGUUUCUUUGAUACUGUGAAGUUCUAGGUGAUUGUGAGGUAAAGUGAGUAAGUGUAAAGUGAUACAGCGGCAGGACUCUGCCCCCUGCUAAGUGACUGUAGUACGGUGGCAGUUUCUCACAGUUAGGGGUGGGAAAUAAAAGAGGGCAGCGUGCAGCUGUCCACAGGCUCAAAGCUGAAAUGUCUCAACCUGCUGACUCACAGCUUUUUCCCAAUUAGAUCAUCUACACCCCUCAAAGCCCUCCUUAAAGCAACUCUGGAUACCAGUCACUGGAUGACAAGAUGAUCCUUUAGCUCUCGGGUUUAAGCACUGAAAGCCAAGGGCAGAUAAAGUAAGGAGAAUUUGGCUGAGGUUACUAUGAACCUUGGCAUUGAUGUGCCUCUGGCAAGUGACUGCAUGUAUCGUUUUCAUUUGGUAGAGUGGAAGAGGAUGCGGAAAGCAAAGGCUUUACUCAUGCAUUGGCUCGUUUGAUGUAUACAUUUUCUGUAUACUUGUACACUAACUGCAGUACUUCUCAAGAACAGUGUACCAGAAAACCUCACCACCACCAGAUGUGCUUAGUCCUUCAUCCCCACGUUCCCUGCUGCGCCUACCUCAUCAGCCCAGAGGUCCCAUGCCUGCCUUUCCUCAGAUUGCAGUGAACACUCCGCCUAUGUUGCUUGUCCUGUUAAUGACAUUUUUCUUUAGUCUGUUUGCAGCACUCUAUAUGCAAAGCUUUGGAAAGCGUACUCCUGCCUGAAAUUUGUCGGUCACUUCAGUAUGCAAUGUGUGCUCCUACUGUAAGAUGUUAUUUGUGUAACACUGCAAAAUGUUUCUCUUUCCAGGCAGAUUUAUCUGGGGACGAAAACGGAAUUUGAUAUAAUUGGAGUUAUUUAUGAUAAGGUAUAAAUAUUUGGUAUUGUCUGGCAUUUUAUUAUGAGCUGCACCAAGUCUAGCGUUUGUUAAAAUAUAGCUGAACCGAAAUUUUGGGUCAUUAUCCUGCUUUUGUUUACCUGUUGAAAAAAGAGAUUUAACGUUGUGGUUUUCAGUGCCUGAAAAUGUGACUGUGGACCUGAGCUUUGUAAACUGGCCACGUUUGUGACAGCUACUACUGCUUCUCCAGUAUCUUUGCCUUCAAUCUCCAAAGUAUGCUUAAUCUUCAUGCUGAAUUCCUUUGUCGGUUGUACAGAUUGCAGAUUUUUGUAGAGGGAAAAGAUUUAGCACUUUAACAGUGGUUAACUGUUAUGUUGAAUGUGUAUAGACGUUCUUUUCAGUUCUAGGGUCAAGCAAGAUUUAAAUAAAAAAUUUUAUGAAAACACGUUUUACAGCCCUUAGUAGCUCUCAUUUCUACUUUUUAGUGUCUUCCUUCAUUCCCUUGAGACAAGCAGAAAUGAACAAUCAUGAGUAAAAUUCAGUCUUGUAACAGCUCCUCAUUUUAUUGUAAUACAUCAGUCAUGUUAUGGGUUCUGAAUGUGAAAAGAAUGGUGGCUAAUUAAAUAUAAACUCCAUGACAUUCCACCUUAAAUAAGAA